AUGCGGCUCACUGCAGACCUGAUCAACAGUUCCCUUUCGUACCUGAACCCGCUCAAGGAGCGCGAACUUGAUCUCCGAGGCCACAAGAUCCCAACCAUAGAAAACCUCGGCGUUGCUGGGCCCCAAGAUGCCAUCGACUUUACCGAUAACGAUAUCACCACCCUCUCCAAUUUCCCACUGUCGCCCAGACUAAAUACCUUGCUAUGCGCGCGCAACCGCAUUCAGAAUGUGGACAAGAGGAUCGGCGACCAGCUGCCGAGUCUGACGACGCUGGUCUUGACCUCGAAUCUCGUCAAGGAAGUGGGUGAUCUCGACGGCCUGAGCAAAUGCUACGGCUUGACACACCUCAGUUUGCUGGAGAACCCAGUUACGAAGAAAGAGCAUUACAGAUCUUACCUAAUAUGGCUCAUUCCCUCACUUCGAUUCCUCGAUUUUCAGCGCGUGCGCGAGGUGGAGCGGGAGCAGGCGAAAGAGCUGUUUGGUACUCAGGCUGAGCCUUCUGAACUAGCUGCCAAAAUGCGGGGAGUGAAGAGCAAGGCCAUGGACUCGUCUGCGGGCGCCACAAAAGGCGCAAGCACGGCCAAGGCCAUGAGGACUCAGCUUACAGACAGUGAGAAGAAGCGGGUGCAGGAGCUGAUCAAGAAUGCGCGCAGUCUGGCAGAAAUCGCGAGAAUCGAGAAGGACCUUGCCGAAGGCCGCAUUCCCCAGGGUGCCGCGGAUGCUGACCGGAUGGUCUCGUGA